GAACUACAGGAUCACAAGCACUACUCAUUUUUGCAUAUCCUCAUUGCAAGUCCAAGCUUUAGCCAAAGACGAAAUAUUGAAUUCUGAGCUACAUAUCAUUUGCGACUUUGAAGUCACGAAAAUCGCCCAAAGCAAGAAGUUUCCACUCAGUUUCGGCCUCAUUCAUCCGUAGCCACAUUCGAGAAACAGAUUACUGGCACCUGAUUUUAACUUUUUUUUUGAUUUUUUGCAUCACUAUGAAAUUAGCGAACUCACAAGAUCUAUCUCCGCUUUUCCUCUCGGAGUCAUUCAUUGAUUAUCUAUCCGAUGAAGAUUUCCUAUAUCAGAGCUCGGCACACCAGCUUUUCCCAGCACCCGAGAAUAAUAUUUCCACUUUCCCUCAAUUCAAGCUUUUGCCUCCCGAGAUACGGAUAAUGGUCUUCGGGAAGGCUGUUCCUAAUCGCAAUUCACAAGUGGCGGAUUUCUUCUUUCAAGUCUGUAGAGAUCGUACCAAGUUUUUGGUUUCAAUCUACGAUGAGAUAUCUCCUGCGAGCCAUUUACUGCCGCUUUUGAAUGCCUGCAAACUCUCACGAACAGUGGUCUAUGACCAGCUGAAAAACAUCUCAUUAUCGACACCAGAUCCGCACGGUACUAUGAAAAGAACUACAGACGGAAUACCGAUCCGUUAUUUCUGGGUGGAUGGUAGACGUCCCAUCCAAACCUAUAUCGAUCCUGUGAGAGACACCCUGAUGCUCAAUAUCCCGGACCUUAUGUUGCUGGAGAAGCUCGGAAGAAGCAUAGAUCUUUCCAAUGUCGAGCGCAUUGCAAUUACCUCAUUUCCGACUGAUUUCAAUCGGUCAGCCCGGCAUAAAUUGGACAAUUUUACUUUUCUACUGCUCUUUAUUUCCACAAGGUGUCCUGAUCUUAAAAACUUUCAGAUAGUAUCAAUGUUUCCAGUCCACACUUUUCCAGGGCUAUACCGCUUUGAAAACAUGAGAGGGUACCAUGUUAUCGAUACUGACCCAGAAAUGUGGCACGGCGACUAUUGGGACGAUGAUGGCCGCAUGAGGUAUCACAUAAAUUCCAUUAGAAAUGUUCUUGAAGAUGCCAAAGUAAAGGAAACUGAAUAUCUGAGAAGUUUGGAAAAUAUGGAGGAUAGAGACAAUUUUGAAUACUGGAAGAAAGUGAAGCUUACAACUGCGUUGCUUUGCAAGCUUGAUACCGAUUCUAAUUGGGAAAUUUUGGGCAAAAAGGCGCCUGAGCCUAGGCUCUACUGUUUUUCUUUUCAGGCGUGGAUUUUAGCCCAUGAAGAUGGGUCGCCGUUGAAUAAAUAUAAGGGGCUCGCACAGAUCUUUGAAGGGGCUCCGUGGUAGACUGUGGCCGGCUAGUAUCUGUUACAUCCAGUACAGGAUAUCUCUCGAGAAACGAGCCAGGCUUUGUGAACUAAAGAUGUGAGGGGAUAACGAAGACUCUAUAGGCUGUUAGCUCAGUUAUUGCAGUAGAUAUGGGUUUAUCGAGUAGGUUCUAAGUUUAGUAUUGAGAUGUAUCUCAUAUUCACAGAAAACAAUCCUGCAUACAUAGGAAAUCAUCAAUGAAUCAAAACGUACUUUCCCUUUCAUAACGAAAAUUCAGAGGGGGUGGGUGACUAGAACCCAUCCAGAAGUUAGAAUGUAGGUUUGUGAGGGCAUAAAUCUACUGAGAGAUAAGUUUUAAUGAAGAAAUUGUUUCAAGUCCCCUUAUUUUGACGAAACA